UUAUAAUUUUAUAACUUAUUGUGAUUUAAUUCUUUUAAUAUUUUAAUUUUUCAGUGGGUGCACGAGGAAGAGACGGCAAAAUCAUACGAAUUACACGGGACACUGAGACUUCUACAUCGACUCCGAUGAAUUCCCCAGAGAGGAUUCGACCGACAGCUUCAAGGAGAAGAAGACGUAUGAUUAUUGAAGACGAUGAUGAGAGACAUAAUGAUCAGGGGGAGCCUUCUACGGUGCAUGAGGAAGAUGUGGUACAUGAGCAUAUGGUGCACGAGCAGGUGGAUGUACAUGAGCAGGAGGAGGUUGCACCUGCUCAUGAGGGAGAGUAUAUGGAGGAAGAACAUGAUGGAGCUGAGGGACCUGGUGAGCUCACACGGUAUCCUAGAGAACCUUAUGAUUUGUCUGUCCUUACACGAUACCGUUAUCAUGUUUCAGCUAGACUAUGGUUUGGCGAGAUGGCAUUCUGAGACAUCGUCAUUUCACAUGCCAUUUGGUGAAAUGACGAUUACUUUGGAUGAUGUUGCCAAUCUUCUCGGAUUGCCUAUUAGGGGUGAGUUCUACAGUCCACCCGAUGUAGAUAGAGUAACGGCAUGUAAUCUUGCCGUCCAUCUAUUAGGAGUGACCACGGAAGAGAUCUGGGAGGAGACCAGAAAGACUAGAGGUGCACACUAUAGAUUGGAUUGGUUGAAGGAGGUGUUCAGAAGGCAGUGUGCAGCAGAGAGGUUUGACUGUGCUGCUAGGGCAUAUCUGUUGAAUUUAGUCGGGAGUACUAUUUUCGCUGAUAAGAGUCAUACUCUAGUUGAUGCGAAGUACCUCCCUUUAUUCAGAUAUUUAGAUGGUAUAGAUAGAUAUGCAUGGGGUACUGCUGCACUAGUGGUGCUUUAUGACUACCUCUCAGAUGCCUGCUAUUAUGACACCAAACAGCUAGGUGGAUACAUGACGUUGCUUCAGUGCUGGAUUUACGAAUAUUUCCGAAAAACUGGAACCUACCGGAAAUCUGUUUUACGGCUGGGGGAAUGACAAAAUGGUGAAAAAAAUAUUUACAUUUACUUUCUUUGAAAUAGCAAAAAAAAAAAAUUGACGGUAGUUUUGCCAUUUUCGAAUUUUUUUGGGGGUACAAGGCAAAGUGUGGGGGUACAAGGGAAAUUUUCCCCCAAAUUUUGUAUUACAACCCUCUAUUAUAGGCCUUUAUUUGGGUCCAAUUACGAGAACCCUACCUCCCACCCUCUCACUUUUAUCUCUCCCCUCCAAAACACACAAAAAUAUAAUUU